AUGGAAAAAUCAUCUGUAAAAGACGAUAUUUUUAGAGCAUGCAGGUUAGGUGAUCUUUUUCUCCUUAACCAAACACUAUCUCACCCAGAAGCCAACAUAAACCAAAUAGACCCAGAGCUAGGGUGGACACCCCUAUAUCAUACAGUUAUCUGUGGUCAUUUCGAAGUUGCUCAGUUUUUAUUAGAUAAAGGAGCAAGUCCGAAUAUUCCAAGCAAAAUAGGUGAAACUCCUUUGCAUCAAGCAGCUGAUAACAGCAAAUUCAGGAUGGCUAAACUUUUGCUUGAAUAUAAUGCAGAUCCUAACAAUCAGCAGCAUGAUGGAGACACUCCACUUCAUCAUGCUGCUUCUAAAGGUGACUUAAAGCUGACUAGCUUACUAUUAAGCUAUAAAGCUAAUCCAAAUAUCACGAAUUAUGUAUUUGGCAGAGCAGCCUUACACUAUUCAGUUGAAUACGGCCAUGAGAAGAUUGUUAAAAUUCUUAUCAAGCAUGGAGCUUCUAUCGAAAUUAAGGAUAGAAUAGGAAAAACUCCUCUGGAUCUAGCACCUAAUAAUGACUUGAAAAAAAUUUUGACACAUAAAAUUUCUGCUGAAAACUCUUCUGAAAAGUCUACAAGGACCUCACCGUUAUGUAUGCCAAGCCUCGACCCUAUAGACACCAUCCCUUCUAUUCCGAUGCAAUCAUUUGAAAAUAUUUCUUUAAGUCCUCACUCCUCUAGGAGUAAUUCAGGAUACUCAACUCCUUCAAAUGAGCUUAAAUUCUUAGACCUUAAAAAUAGGAAAAGACUCACAAUAAAUUCUCGACAUAAUUCAACGCAAACUCAGCCUGAUUUAAAUAGAAGCUUAAGCUCAGUUUUAGAGCCGGAAUCAGAGAAACUUGUAAACGAGACUAUGGUUGAAAAGCAACGGGAAGUUUCUUUUGGAGGAGAAAACAAGCCACAAAUGUAUAAUUGGCUUGUGAUGACAAAGUUAGAUGAGCUUUUUGAUGUUUUAUUAAAUGCGGGAUACGAUGAUAUUAAGCAGAUGUGUGAACAAAUGAGAUCGUCCAUGCCGCUUAAUGAUGAAAUACUUAAAGAAAUUGGGGUUAAAAAGCCUGGACUUAGGAAAAGGCUACUAGCUGCUCUAGAUGAAGAUGCAUUGCCAAAACCUUUUAGCUUAAACUCGAAAAGAAGACAAAAAUGGCGAUGCUGCAGCGUAGCUACACCUACAAGUGAAGGGGUUUCUUUUCCAACCCUGAGGAAUUGGCUGCUUACUUUAGGCUUAGACAUGCUUUUGCCUUUAUUUGAAAAUUCAGGAUAUGAUGACCUAGAGCAUUUAUUAGCUUUAAUGAAUUCGCGAUGGCCAAUCACUGAUGAAAUUCUGAAAAAUGAAAUAAAAAUAUCAAAACCAGGGCACAGGCACAGGAUUCUUUCAAAAUUAAAAGAUGACAGCAAUGGAGUGAGAACAAUGAAAAGGAAUUAUGGCGGAUUUAGCAAUAGAAGCCGAAAAGAAGACAUAAUUGUUGAGGCAGAAGCUAAUUCCACUGCAUGUGAAAUAUGUAAAUUGAUGUAA